AAGUCCUACAGUUCAAGACUUGUCAUGAAGCACGUCAGACGCUACUUAUGAGAGGAGGCAGAGGACCUUUGCCAAUAGUAAGGAGUGAGUGAAGUGGAGUCCGGGUGUUUAUAUGCGAGUGGGGUGACGAGAGAGACCCUCCUCUCUGUGGGUCAGCAGAUGAGAGAAGAUGAAGAGCCAAAUCACCAAGGCCUUCUCCGAUUUCUUCUUUGAGUAUGAGACCCCACGCCAGGUGCUGGUGAGGAACAGGAGGGUGGGGGUGGUGUGCCGUCUGAUCCAGCUGGGGGUCCUGGCCUACAUCAUAGGGUGGGUUUUCAUAUACGAGAAAGGCUACCAGUCCACAGACACGGCAGUAAGCUCUGUCUUCAGCAAAAUGAAGGGUGUGGGCUAUACCAAUGUGAAUGGAACUGAGAGAGUCUGGGAUGUGGCUGACUAUGUCUUCCCUUCGCAGGGAGACUCAUCUUUUGUGGUUAUGACAAACUACAUUAUAACUGAAGGUCAAAAGAUGGGAAAGUGUCCAGAGCUCGCAGGCAAGCACAACUGCAGCACAAACGCCGACUGUGAAGGAGGGAGUUUCAAACGUACGGGACACGGACAAAUGACGGGAGUCUGUGUGAGCACCACUAAGACCUGUGAGGUGUUGGCUUGGUGCCCUGUUGAAAAUGAUCUCAACAUACCAGAUCCCCCUCUGUUGAUGUCUGCAGAGAACUACACACUCUUCAUCAAAAAUUCUGUGACGUUCCCCUUAUUUGGCGUCACAAGGAGUAACCUGGUGGAAGGUAUUGAUGCUGAAUACAUCAGCCAUUGUCUUCAUGAGCCAGAGGAUGCUCCACUGUGUCCCAUAUUCAGAUUGGGAGACAUAGUUAAACUGUCUGGCUUCAACUUUGAAACAAUAGCCAGAGUGGGUGGGGCCAUUGGUAUUGUGGUCGACUGGACAUGUAACUUUGAUGUAGAUGUAAAACACUGUAAACCAAAGUACAACUUUCACGGCCUGUACGGAAACCCUGAUGAGACUGACAAAGCCAGAGCUUCAGUUGGCUACAAUUUCAGGUAUGCAAAGCAUUAUUUGGAAGACAAGGUUCAGAAAAGAACCCUUCUCAAGGUGUUUGGGAUCAGGAUAGAUAUCAUUGUGCAGUCACUGGCAAGAAAAUUUGACAUAAUCCCAACACUGACAGCUAUAGGCUCUGGAGUGGGAAUAUUUGGAGUGGCCACUGUAGUGUGUGACUUGGUGCUGCUCUAUUUGCUACCAAAAAGAGAAUUUUACAAGAACAUGAAAUUCAAAUACACAAACACACAUGCACAGCAUGACAGCGAGUCACUUGGUUUAGACUCAAGCGUCUAUUACGUCCUUGAAGCAAAAGCAAGACAAGUCCAAGGCACUCAGCAGUCCAACGACCCUGAUUCAGAGGCAGGUAGCACAGAGACUGAGGAAUCUAAAAAGUGACCUGGGAGCUAAUUUAAAAAAGGUACUACAUUGAAGGUGUGCUGCACUGGAACCCUGCAAUAGAUCCUGCAGGACAACACGCACACACACUCUAAAUGGACUUGGGAUUGGAGAGGCCAAAUGACACUGCUCCAUGUGUCCAUCUUCUGCCAACAUCUUCCCUCUUCUUAAGCCACCCUGAGAAACUGUGACUCUUACUAUUGUAGCAUAGCUCAGCCAUAUGUGUACUUAUUCGGGUGUAGCUUGGUUUUCUUUUGUGCACACUUCGGGUGUAACCUUCACCUCUUAACCGUCUCCAUAUUCAUACAGGUGGAAGAACAAUUUUCCGGCACCUCAUUGUUUAUGUGUGUACACAAAUCAGACAUAAGUCAGCCAUUACCUGUCCGUGUCUUUGCCAAAGUAAAAUAUACACACCCAUACUGUGAGGAUGUGCCACCGUCAGAGUGCUUUAUCCCCUGUGUGCACCUUGUGAUCAACAAAUGAAUUCAAUAAAAGAUGUACAGUAAUGUUA